UACGGAGGCUUGAUACUGUUUCCAUGUCUCGCCCACAUCCAUCACCUCUCCAACAACUCAAAAAGUCUUGCCUUCAGGCCACAUGAAAGAGCUCAAACAGACCAACAAAACUCCAAACUAACUGAGAAAACCCAAACCAAAACAGAAAAAUGCCCAUACUUAGACCACUCAUCACCAUCCUCUCUCUAUCCCUUCUUUUCCUCCAAACUUGUGACGCUGUCUCAAUUUUAGACCUCAACAAUGCACUGAAAAACAGUGAAGUUGAUGUCAUGGUGCCAAGGGUUUGCAACAACAAGCUUGAAGAUUGUUCAGAAGAGCAAGAAAUGGAGUCAGAGAGCAACAGGAGAGUGCUGGUUAUGCAAAGGAGGUACAUUAGCUAUGAGACACUGAGGAGGGACAUGGUCCCAUGUGCAAAGCCUGGUGCUUCUUACUAUGAUUGUAAUGCCGGUCAGGCAAAUCCUUAUAACAGGGGUUGUGAGGUUAUUACAAGAUGUGCUAGAGGUAUCAAAGAUAUCAAAACCUAAAAACCCAAUUGUUGAAGUUAAUACUGCGGCAGCUGCUUUUUGCACGUGGUAAUGUCUUGUAGUGGGUUUCUGAGAUUUUUUGUGUCUUUCUGGGUUUCUUUUUUUUUUUUUUAAAUGUUUCUGUGUUAUGAUUGUAUAUUAAAGAUUCUCACUUUUUAAUUUUCUAUAUAAAUGCAUGUUUAACUUGAAUUUUGAGAA